AUGGGACUCACCUGCAACCCUCCCAAGCCUGGCGAUGAAUCAUAUGAAAAGUUUUCAAAGGUAUGCUCCUAACUGUAACUUACCCAGAGAAACUCACGCGCCUCGCGUGAUCAUAAUCAGUGCUACUUUAUCGCUCGUGUAAUUUUUUAAGGGGGCUCUGUCACGGCUGACUAGUUUAUAUGGUUGAUAAUGGCAAUAACGAGUCAUUAUUCGCUAUGGAACUUGAGAACUUAGUACUUAGUUGUGAAGACAAAAUUAAUAGCCUUGUAUUAUUCUUUCAUUCAGCUUGUCUCUAGUGCUCAGGCUGUAACUCGUUCCAGGUUUUAACGAAAAUGUAACAAUUUGAACCGUAGCUUUUCACGAUACAGAUAAAAGCAAUGAAUAAUACAAUACUUAGUCAGGUGACGCCUCUAAUGCCUGCCUGUCUGCCAUGGGAUAGCCGAUUUAACAAAUAAAGCUUGUUCCUCUUACCCUGCGUACCAGCGGUUUUUCUCGCGGGUGGUGGGAUCCUUCUGCCGCGGGCCGAAGCCACGAGUGGCGAUAACGAUUUGAAAAACCGGAGGCUGUGCAUGAAAAGUCUCUGGCACUCAGGAUAGGUUUUCUUUGAUUCUUUUGCCCAAACAAAACGUGAGAUUCAAGUCUUACGCAAGUAAAGUUUACCAAGUGCUGAAGUCGCUAAGGAACUAGGUCGAGUAAACAAAAAUUUCUUUUUUUUUUUCGGAACAUUCGGCAAUCUUCUUAUAAAUGUAUAGAAAAUGAUUUUUAAUUGCGACGCACUAGGGAACUUCUAUAGAGGCGAUUACCUCCAGUAUUCCCAUAUCUUGCCUAAUGCAUCAUUUUGUGUUUUAUCCGUAUUACAGGAAGUAACAUNCAGCUUGUCUCUAGUGCUCAGGCUGUAACUCGUUCCAGGUUUUAACGAAAAUGUAACAAUUUGAACCGUAGCUUUUCACGAUACAGAUAAAAGCAAUGAAUAAUACAAUACUUAGUCAGGUGACGCCUCUAAUGCCUGCCUGUCUGCCAUGGGAUAGCCGAUUUAACAAAUAAAGCUUGUUCCUCUUACCCUGCGUACCAGCGGUUUUUCUCGCGGGUGGUGGGAUCCUUCUGCCGCGGGCCGAAGCCACGAGUGGCGAUAACGAUUUGAAAAACCGGAGGCUGUGCAUGAAAAGUCUCUGGCACUCAGGAUAGGUUUUCUUUGAUUCUUUUGCCCAAACAAAACGUGAGAUUCAAGUCUUACGCAAGUAAAGUUUACCAAGUGCUGAAGUCGCUAAGGAACUAGGUCGAGUAAACAAAAAUUUCUUUUUUUUUUUCGGAACAUUCGGCAAUCUUCUUAUAAAUGUAUAGAAAAUGAUUUUUAAUUGCGACGCACUAGGGAACUUCUAUAGAGGCGAUUACCUCCAGUAUUCCCAUAUCUUGCCUAAUGCAUCAUUUUGUGUUUUAUCCGUAUUACAGGAAGUAACAUCCAUCAAGGAUUCUUACAGGAAGAAAGCAAAGAUGACAACGGAGGUUCUUAACUUAAUGGAAAAUGUUAAGUGUAACGAGGUGGCAGGUGCAAUGUAUGCGUUUCCAAGGAUAACACUUCCAAAGAAAGCUAUCGAGGCAGCCAAGGUAUCGUAUCGUGUUUCCGGCCUUGAUUUCUAGAGCAGUACUGCAGAAUACUGUCAGUAAUGGAUAUCCUAGGUGUACGGUAAUGCGAAUUCCGGAUCCCGGGAAUUUUUUUCUUGUAGACUGAUCCGGAAUCAGUUCAGGGGUUAGAAAUUGGGAAUUCAGACCACGUUGUUCAUAAGAUGGAUAGCUCUAUCCACCGGAUAAAUUCACUGUCCCGUGGAUAGGUUUGAGCGAAACCAAUUGCACUAUCCACUGGAUAGCGUUAUCCAGCUUUUGAACAGCUGGGGCCUGCUCUACAUAUAAUAAAGCCCGAAAUCUUGCUAACGAUUGGAAUCUGGAAUCCACGUUUCACGGACAAGGAAUACUGGAUCCAGUACCUGCCAUCCGGGAUCUACAGCAUAAAAUCCGGAAUCCACAACGUGCGAUCCACAAGCCAAUAUUCUUGUGGAUGCCCCUUAUAUUAGAAGAAUGCCAACCCGUUUCCCGCCGUGUCAGUUUUCGUAAAAAGCGUUCUUCGGUUAGAAAAAGUGAAAAGGACGCUAUAGGCUCCCAUCUUAUUCAGGCUGCUGAUAAUGUCAGGCGAAAAUUAAAAUUUCACUUUCUCAACUUUCCAUAUUGCAUUGCUAAAUUCCAGAUGUCGUAUCGAUCUAGUAACUGCUCCCAGUAAAGACUUCAUCGAGGGAUUCUUUGAAAUACAGAUAUUUUUCUCAGAAGGAAAGUAUGUAUGUGGUCUGUUUGGUGAGCGAAGUGAAAGGAUUAUGGGUUUGAGUUUCCUGAGUUGUUUGCAUUGUCAUUGUUAUUUAGGCCAAGGAAAUGCCACCAGACGAGUUUUACUGCUGGCAGGCGCUGGAAAAAACUGGAAUUUACAUGAUUCCUGGCCACGUUUUUGAUAUGAAAGGCAGCGGUAACAACUUUUACUACAGGUAAGAUUUAAAUUAACAAGGGCCAUCAACUUCAGGUUGGAAUUUUGAUGAUUCUAAAAACCUCUCUGUGGUAUCAUUUGCGCCCUUGUGUCACAAGGUUUUCUCAGGCUUGUCUAAUAUAUUUAGAUUGAUUAGAUUGACUGCACCUUUAAAUUUGAAAAGACCUCUCUUUCCCCCCAACCCCGAAAAAUUCUGCCCUUGUACCACAGGAAUACCAAAUUAGGUUGCGUUCUGACGAACGCAAUAAGGGUAUACACAGAUCGGCCUAUAGCCGGGGUGAUGUUGGCUUAGUGGAGGGCCUGCAACUGGAAUAAAGUUGUUUACAAAUAGAAAGGCUCACAACCGGGAUUAUACGGUAUGGACCAGAGAAUAAACUUACGUGGGAGGGGCGUCCUAAAAGCGACUUGUCCGUAAAAGCGACGUUCUGCCAGCGUGUGAAAGUCUGAUUGAAUUGGACCAAGUUUCAUCUCCACAUUAUGGGUUAAAAUAAUCCAAAACGUUUUGAUUUUUCAGACUCACUAUCCAUACGAAGGAAAUAACUAAAAACUGUUUCAUGUUUUAAUCUUUCUUGGUAGGAUCACUAUUCUUCCUUCUGAAGAGACGUUCGCUCCAAUGUUUGAGCGACUAAGAACCUUUCACCAAGAAUUCACGGCGCAGUUUAAGGACACGAACUGA